UACUGACAGCAGCAGUGUUAUUCUACUCACUCAAGCACUCAGCUCCACAGACACUGCUGUGUCGAAACGACUCGAGAGCGCUGCAGAACCUCACCGGGUUGGGAGACCGGUACUUUGGAGCACAGACCGAGAACAUACACAAAGAACAAAGACAAAGAUGUCCACCUACGCACCAGCUGACUGCCGGCGAGUGAGCCCGUCUGUGCACGGCUGCAGGUUCGACACCGUGCACCGCAAAAAAGGAGUAGCCAACAUUUUCGAAAACGUGAACCAGGACGCGGUCAUGAGGCUCUUCCAGAAAACGGGCGACAUGAAAGCGGAGGAGAGGGUGAGGAGCAUCUUCUCCUUUACGCAGGACCCGGAGGAGACGGCCCGGGCUCUCAUGGCUCUGAAGCAGAGGAAGAAAGAUAAAUUCUUCCAGAUCGCAGGGAUGGUGCGACAGCUGCUCAAACUGCGUUGACUGUGUAUCAGCACUGUUGUAUUGCCUGUUUCUCUCACAUAACCUGAAUGUGAAAACACUCCUGAUCUGACUGAGCCGUGUGUGUUUGGAGGCUCCUUUGUCGCCUGGAGGACGCAUCGGGAGCAGAACGCGCAGGCGGCCCCGUGGAGGGCACUGCGGCGGCCUCACAGACCGAGCUGGGGGUCCAGUCUGAACCCAUCGAGCGAGACUUUGGAUAAUAAAGGGAAAAGACGUCUUCCCUGAGACUCGUAUUAAUGCAUGUGAAGACCUGACUGUGGAUCCGCAUCUUGUACAGGUGCACAUACUGUACUGAGCCUGAAACGUGACUGCACAGUCCACUGAAGAACUUAAACACGAAUGCCUGUCUUGCACAAAUGCCUUGUCUCACAGCUUCACUAUGUUUUACACUGUCUGUUUGCAAGCACUUGAUGUUGUUACCAAAAUGUUAUAACAUUGUUUUGUUAUAAUAUCCAAUAAUGCUGUUCUUUUGUAAUUUUUAAUAAAUUAUUUGU